GCCAAGGCCACCUACUAUUUGUUGAAUUACACAUUAAUGGCUCUAAAUGAUCAAAAAUAUCUCGUACAUCUUCCAAAACGCAGGGAGAGAGAGAGAAAAAAAACAGAGAAAAAACGUUAAAAAAUGAAUGUUUAAGAUGUUUCAUUACGAAUCUCGACGGCCAACGAGGAAGGAAACGCGUCGAGAAGUUAGUUAAUGGAUGGCGCUUCUCAGUUUGCGUCGACUGUGUCACUGUCUCUCUUCACUUCCAUUAAAUGAAACAACGUAAUCCCAGGUUCCUUCCACGGCUUUGCUGAUUUUUCUUGAAGUUUAUUUUUAAGUGUUUUCAGGAAUCUCGCUUCAUGCAUGACAAGGUAACAUGGAUAAAAGAAGUAUCAAGAACUGAGUUCCAAUGCAUCUGAUUACCAGCUCAAAUGAGUGAGGCUGCUGCUGUUGCAAUGUGCACUGAUAGGUCACCUUUUUGCGAAAUUGUUGCCUGGAAUCAAAGAAGGAAAGACUAAAAUUCAAUGGAAGAAUCACAGGGCCAUUUUCUUCCCUCUGAUGCUCCUGAAUCUACCUCUUCCUAUAACAGUGAAAGGCUUAAUUCGGGUGCACAUGCAAAUCAUGGUUCUGGGGUUCCGGGGGUGAAGAAGAGAGGUCACAACAGUCGUUCAUGGAUAAAGAUUGAUCAAGAUGGCAAUGUGAAGAUUUUGGAGCUUGAUAAGGCUAGAAUAAUGAGACAUUGUUCUUUGCCAUCCAGGGACCUCAGGCUUUUGGACCCUUUGUUUAUUUAUCCUUCAACGAUACUAGGAAGGGAGAAGGCUAUUGUGGUUAGUCUUGAGCAAAUAAGAUGUAUAAUCACAGCCGAGGAGGUUAUCUUGAUGAAUUCUUUGGAGAAAAAUGUUGUUCAAUACGAGUCAGAAUUAUGCAAGCGUCUUCAGACAAACAAAGACCAAGCUGAUGACCUGCCAUUUGAAUUUAGGGCUCUGGAACUGGCAUUGGAACUAACCUGCAUGUCCCUGGAUACACAGGUGAAAGAACUGGAAAUUGAGAUAUAUCCAGUGCUAGACGAACUAGCAUCGUCGAUUAAUACUGUUAACCUGGAACGUGUUCGUAGAUUAAAAGGCAAUCUCCUCGCAUUAACCCAGCGAGUUCAGAAGGUCCGAGAUGAGUUAGAGCAUCUCAUGGAUGAUGAUGGUGACAUGGCGGAGAUGUACCUCACCGAGAAAAAGCUAAAGUCAGAGGGUAACACCCCAAGUGAACUAAAUGCCAUAACCAAUUUUUCUGGUGGGACCAAAGUAGUUUCAAAAUCUGCUCCUGUUUCACCAGUAGCUUCAACUAAUGGAUCCCACAGAUUGCAAAGGGCAUUUAGCAGUAUUGUGAGUUCAAGUAAACAUGGAAGCUUAAUCAGUUCAUCAAAUGGUGGGGAAAAUAUUGAACAACUUGAAAUGUUACUUGAAGCAUACUUUGUUGUUAUUGAUCAUACUCUCAGCAAAUUGUUCUCGCUCAAAGAGUACAUUGAUGAUACUGAAGAUCUGAUCAACAUUAAAUUGGGCAAUGUUCAAAACCAUCUGAUACAAUUUGAGUUACUUCUCACUGCGGCAACUUUUGUGGCUACGUUAUUUGCUGCUGUAGCGGGAGUCUUUGGAAUGAACUUUGCAGCUUCAGUUUUUGAUUACCCAUCUGGAUUUAGUUGGGUUCUGCUUAUAACAGGUGCUGGAUGUGUGUUAUUGUACUUUUCUUUCUUGUUAUAUUUCAGGUACAAGAAAGUAUUCCCAUUGUAAAUUGUUGAGCUUAAACUGUUCGAUUAAAGAUGAAAUUAUUAUUAGUC